AUGUCCGCUUCAAAGGGUCUACAGCCUAGCACUCUCCCCCUCCACCACAUGGUGCAAAUAGCAAAUGAUUUAUUACCCAUCGAUAGUGCUGCGAGUGGAGGAAAAGUGAUUCUCGAUGUGGGGUGUGGACCUGGACAGGUGACGGAGUAUUUAAUUGAGGAAUUUAAAUCUUCUUUUCUCGCACAAACCUCCUCGGAGGAGGAGAAUCAGGGAAUCAGGAUCCUAGCUUCGGAUUUCAGCGCGCCCAUGGUGGCGCAGUUGCAGGCGAGGAAAGAAGGGGAGGUCGAGAAGGGGAAUAAGAUUUGGGGGUGUGUAAAGACGGAGGUGUGCGAUGCGCAGGAUUUGACGAGGAUUGUGGGGGAUGGGGAGGCAAGCCAUGCGUUUGCGAGCUUGGUGUUGUUUAUAUUGCCGGAGCCGAGGAGGGGGUUGGGGGAAAUGAAGAGGAGUCUGAUGAGAGGGGGGGUGGGGGCGUGUACCUCGUGGAAGGAGAGUGAGUGGAUGGUGCUUAUGGUGGUGGGGACUGCGGCUGCGGCUGCAGCUGCAGAUGGGGAUGGGGAUGGGAGUGGAGAACCGAAAAAGAAAAUGGAGAUGCCGAAACAGUGGACGAGUACGGAGGGUGUGAGGAGGGAACUUGAGGAAGUGGGAUUUGUGGAUGUGCAGGUUGUGGAGAGCGAGGCGAAGUGGAGUUUUGAGAGUCAUGAGGCGGUGGUGGAUAUGAUACUCGGGUUUCCGGGGAUGAAGAUGAUGAUUGGGGAGGAGAGGUGGGGGGAAGGUGGGAGGGAAAGGGCAAGAGAGGGGAUGUUGGGGUGGAUGGGGGAGAGGUUUUCUGAGGGGGAGGGGGCGUUGAGUGGGGUGGCGGUUGUGGGGGUGGGGAGGAGGGGGAAUAGAUGA